AUGUCAGACUUUUCCUCCGCACCCCUAACAUCAACACAGCCAUACCCAGAGACAACGCAGACAGAUGUCUUCGCUCCAGACCUGCAAGGUACUCAGCCUUUUCCUUUCUCUAAUGCAACAAGCACCCAGGUAGCUCCCGAGCUUCUAGUACCUGCCAGCCAGACUGGUUUGUCAUACAAUGAAGCCAUUCACAGUUCACAAGCCCAGCAGUCUACAGAACAUACAGCAGAUAUUUCAGUCGAGGAUCAGCUUUCACUUUAUCUUGCUUCGCCAACAGAAGAGCGAAUCGCAUUUCUGGAGAACUGGAUGUGCGAAUUGAUCGAAGACGAACAGUUUAUGACACUGUGCCAGGAUGUUGAGGGAACCUGGAAACGCUUUGCUUUCGGUAUCAAGCAUUAG